UAAGCCACGCCCCCUCGCCUCACCCUGCCGGACUUCGUCGAGAGAAAGACAAGAAAACAUGAGCCAAGCCGGCUACAAAACCGUCGAGGAACAUUCUGGACGAACGUCGCCAGUAAGGACUUGCGAACAUUGCGACUUCUUCCCGCUCGGUCUCCAAAAGAGGCGGAGUCAGUCAGCUGUUGCAAAUGACGCGAAACUUUUUCUCGCCACUUUUGCGCCCGCGAAACAAACAAAAGCAACAAGUCGACGUCCAACUUGAUUGCAGGCGGAAAAGACGGAAAAGUCAAAAGCGUUUGGAAUUACUCAACUCACCUCAACUUUCAAGCGCUCCCACCAGGGGCGUAGCACCGCGUUCUGGGACGUCGAGGAGUCCGAUAUCUGUAUAUGAAAUCGGUUGCAUAUACUUUUCAGAUCGACUGAAAUACUCCGCAAGAGUCACACAAAGAUUCAGUAGAUCAACUGAUAAUUGACACGAUUGCGAAAUAUACUGAAAUCCUAUCGAGAGGCGCGAUUGGCCUUUCUUUGGUCCUGUUCGGCCGUCAGGGCGAGCAGAAAGGAGGAUCUCGAUCCUUUGUAUGCCGCGACAGUUUUGGGAUUUCUUCGUAUUCUGACGGAUAUCGAUGGACUCAAACAGAACAACGUUUUUAAAGGGCGGUGACGGAAAACACAAAAAGGGAGACGCCGAAAAGCGCCUGGGUGUGGUCCACUUGAACGUGGGCGGCGAAAGGUUCUGCACCAGCGUCGGCACGCUCACGAAGUUCCCCGAGUCCAAGCUGGCCGAGUGGUUCAGCGGACCCCCGAAACUCCCCAAGGACUCGCAGGGACAUUACUUCCUGGACCGCGACGGCGAACACUUUGGGGCCGUCCUGGAGUUCCUCAGGUCCGAGCGAGUGCCCGUCUGCAAUAUUCCGCAGGUUCACAAGGAGUCGGUGCGCUACAACAUCACGGCGCUGACCAAGCGUUUGGAGGAGAGUCCCGAGCUGUUUGGCGAGAUGGUGGGCAGGCAGCAGUUCCUGGCCAGGGUUCCGCACUACAAGGAGAACAUCGAGGAAACGGAUCCCUCGCUCGCUGCUGCAGAAAAUAGAUCCCUUCUUUCUGACUCUAGGAAGUGCUUCCCUUCUUCCGAUGACUUCAUCCCUUUUCCAGGGAACGGAUCACUUCCUUCUACCUCCGGGAAACAGACCCUUCUUUUUUCCCUCCCAGGAAACAGAUCACCUCCUUCUUAAUCAUGGAGAGAGAUCAGUUCCUCCUUCCUUUCCAGGUUUUGCAAGUCGCAAGUAAGUCUCAAGUCUUUGCCCUCGAGUCCCGAGCAGUCUUGCCACCGUUGCCUUGAAAAGGUAACUUAGUGACUUUGCAGGUUACUGGAGUUUCAAAGUAACCCGGUGACUUCGCUGACUACUUGAUUUCGUAGUAGUUCCCAAGUUAGGAAAAAGUCACUUUUUAGUUCCUUUCGGCAGCUGCCAAGUGGCAGGAAUAUCACUUAACCGUACCCAAAAAAAAAAAAGCAUUAGCUUAAGCGUACCCAUGACUUGGUAACGUACGGCGCACAAGUUACAGAAUGAUGUCAUCGACAUGACGCAAGAACUGAAAUAUUAGUGCGGUCGAAGGCACAUUAAAUCAGCAUCUUCGUGCACACUCGACGUUCCGAAACGUAAACGAGCGCACCGCUCUCGGUACGCUGCCGAUUGUGGUCCGUGAAAGCGACUGUGCGUGUGCGUAAACGUGAAGGUCAGUGACGCACACACGCACGCGCGUGACUCGAGUCUGCACGUCUUCUUCCUCUGGGAAGCCGAUCCGUUCCUCCCUUCUUCCAGAAAAGACAUCACUCCUGUUUUGGGAAUUCCAUCCGGAAACAAGCUUGUCUUUUGUGGCUUUUAUAUUGACGAGAGAGAGAGAGAGUCAAGGCCGCUCACAACGGCUCGGCGUCUCUGCCUAUCUCCACGUCUGGGAAAGCGAUGCCUAAUUAGGCUGAAAAUGGGUUAGCGGAAUGAGGGAAAAAAAGAGAACUUUGUGAAUCAUCACCGGGACAGGAUGACGGUAAGAACGAAGAAACGAUGUAGCAAAAUCAAAGUCCUCAAAUCAUCACACGCAAAACUAUGAGAUAAUAGAAGACUACAUUUUGUCAGAACACUGGCUCCUUCUCCAGGAAACGGAUGACCUCAUUUCUUGCGUCACUUCCUUCCUCUUCCAGAAAAGAGAUCGGUUCCUUCUUCCCUCACUGGAAAGCAGGUCCUCGUCUUCCUUUUCCAGGCUAAACGGAUCACUUGGUUCUUCCUCCAGGAAAAAGACCACUUUCUUGUUCUUCCCCGACGAGAGAGAAUGGUCGCUUCUUCGUCCGGGAAACCGAUCCCUUCUUUUGUUCCAACAGGAAAGCAGAUGCGUUCCUCCCGGGGGAGGUGGGGGGGGGGGGUUGUGUGUUUGAAAGUCUUCAAAACGGCUGAGUUAGUUUUUGUCGUCGCGGUCUAGGUUCUGAUCCGCAUCGCCCGCGCUGAGGCGGUGGCUUCCCGGCGCUCUACCAUCGUGAUCUGCGUUCUGCGGACGGAGGAGGACUUGGGUUG